AUGGAAUCCGCCACCCUUCGAGGCAUCGCCGCCUCGAAGGCACCUCACCAUGUAGAUAUAACUACCUCGAAUCACGACGUCCAGCCUGACAUGUCUGUCAACUCAGAUCGACUUAUGGAGAAGCUGGCAACCACCGCAUCGUCGCGUGAUGAUGAUGAUAUGAAAGGGAGUGAUAGUUGGAGGCUGCAUAGCGACGCGUCAACCAUGUCGAGCAGAGUAACUACCCCAGAUCCACAACCCCCGAGAUCGCGACCACCUCUUUCUUCGAGCACAACGGAAACUCAAACUCCUCAUGUCAGCAGAACGCCUGCAAUACCCAUUCCUGGAGCCGUGCCACCACCGCCUCUUCCACCGCGUCAUCCAUACCCUCGGUACCUCCAACAUAUCCAUCAGCCUCGCAAGAUUCCCGAGUUUCCUAGCCACCUCAUUCCUGGCCCAAUACACAACAGCAAUGUCUUUUCAUUCUGCAGAUGGCUUUCGUCUCGACUCAAGGCCACCGGCACCCUCCCCGCAUGCCUUCCCAUUGCGCCUAUUGCCGCCCGCAGAGCCAUUGACGUCGACUCAUCGCACAACUUCGUUACCGAUAGAUUGCUGCAGAGCGAUGCCCUUCCAAGCAUUGGCACAUCCAACGGAAGCAGCGUGCAACCACGGGCCCCAAGAUUCUGGGACCAAGAUUUGACAAAGUCCCUCACAUUUGUGCCAUCAUCUGAAAACCAGAGCGACCGGUCGUGGAGCUCUGGAUAUAGCUCCGAGGAGGAUACCUUUGCAUAUCGGAAUGCAAGGCAGUUCCCUCCUCAGCUUCCAGCUCAACACGGCACCCAUUUGUCAACAAGGCGAGGCCGGUCGUCCGCCACAAAUCGAAUUACGAACUGGGUAUCCGAGUAUGAAAAGUCGCAUAGUCCCGCUAGAUUUCGGACCCAAGACACGGUUACUCCUGAAGUAUCAGACCAUUCCGAGUCCGAGGCAACAGCAUCGCAGCUAUCAGGAGUGUCAUCCCAUGCCGAGGUAGAGCAACUAUGGCAACAGCUGAAGCAAAAGAGGGCCAAACUACAUGACAUAAGGGAGCAUAUGGCACAAACUCGACAAGAUCUACGGGAUCUGCGUUCUCGAAAGGAUGACUCUGAUAAUGCAUUCAUGAAGGUUAUUCGUCCGUUGUUGGUGAGCCAACGAAGCGACACAUUCUCAUCAUCGCUUAAGCUUCUCGACAGUCGAAUGGACGCGAUGCUGAAGCUCAGGGAAGAAUAUCAUUAUCGAGAAGCAAGCUAUGAAACUCUAGAGCUUGCCCUGGAUGAGGAAGAGAGGGAGCUUAGUGGCUUGGAGACUAAGUUCUUCAGUCUUUUGGCUGCGGGACACGAUCGUGAUGCCGAACUGUCAGUACCGAUCCGCAAGAACACCACCGAGACAACCUCUAGCGUUGAUACCGAGACUCCCUAUUAUCUUUUAGGCAUUUCUGCGGACAAGCCUUUAGAAGAUGUCCACCCGCUCUACCAGGACUUUGCGACUGCUGUGGGCGAGCUGGAGAAUGCAAAAGAGGAGUACGAUGAUCUGAUGUUUGUAAAUUCUCAGUAUGAAGAGGACCGAGAACUCAGAGAGGGCACGGGACGCGGAAUAAAUCCUGAAGCCGAAGAGUUCUUCACCGAGUUGCCCGGCGAGAAAUCUCGGAUGCAAGACAUCAUUGGCAAGCUUGAAGACGAAGUUGCGCGACUGAGACGACUUUGCGACGAAAAGGGUGUCAUGAAGAAGUUUCUAUCUAUUCAUAUGUCCUAUAUACUGGACCCUGACAAGACGCACGAAGACAUGGCCCUGGGCGACACUCACGACAUUCUAGCCAAGCAGAAAAUUAUGGCGCAUCCUCGUUACUCCGAGUUGCUCGCCCAACAGAGUCAUCUGCUAGAGGGCUCAGAACCCCUCACAGCGAAACAAGCCCAACUGGCGGCAGCUAGGCUGCCAAACGAUUUCCCCAACAAGGCAGUGAAGCAACGUAUUGCCGCUAAAGAAUAUGCAAUCGAGACUCUCGUUCAAAGCUAUGACUCCGACAACAAGGCAGACCUGGUCAACCGCUGGAUACUUCAGCAGCUCAGGCAGUCACCUUUGAACGUGUUGCUUUUGCAGACUGUAUUUGGGUCAGAAUGCGGGCUUAAGAUCCGUGAUCUGUGGCGCUGGCAAUGCGACGUCUUGUAUUACUGGUGGAGGGAUGACACCACAGCUGAGAAGGAAGGCGUCCAAGGGAAAUACGUCAGCGAGAUGUCAGAGUACUCUGCAAGACAAGGAACCCCUCAACAGUCAAGAGCUGCGUCUGACGGUGAGCUCCAUUGGAAGCCCAAAACCAAAUCACCGCGGCACUUCAAGAGCAGCGAGAUGCUGCGAUUCAUUUGA